AUGCCACCAGAAAAGAAAUACAUUCGACCAACAAAUUCGGAACCGCCCAAUACCCAGGAUGACAGCGCCUCAGUUGUUAGCGAGACCAGUACCAUACACCGUGCUGGUCGUCAAUCUUGGAGGGAUCGGACGCGACUACGUAGGCCCGAGACGCCACCACAUCUACCAACGAUGGCGCAGUUGCCAACUGUACGACCCGCAGUCCUGGCCACCUCCCGCAAAGGCUUGCUGCUACAGCAGGCCGAGAUUGUGAGGGGACUUGCGGCACUUGGGACGGACCCCAGGGUACACCAGGAUCCUGAUGACACUUUGGGGGGGUGUCGAGGGACAUGGGGCGUCGAUGUCUCCCUAGGACAGGGUACUCGUCGGGGAACUACGGCUAACUACGCCGUAGUGAUAGGUCGAGUGUCCGUCUCAGUGGUUCGAGUGGAGGUUGGUGAUGGUGAAAGGAAGGUCGAUGAUGGUGAAAGGAGGGUUGGUGAUGGCGGUUGUCAGGGAUGUUACGAUGUAAAUGAUACUUGGAGUUUAUGUCUGAUAGGCAUGAGAGCAGAGGGGAAAUGGUGGUGGAAACCGGUCAAUUGGUUGAACAAGGAUCAACAGGUGACGAAAGGUGAAGAUGAGCUGCAAGGAUGUCCUCAGAAGUGGAGUGCAGGAUGGCGGCAGCAACCUGUGCAUCUCGUUCGUUCCAGGUUUUGA